CAUUUUAGUUGUACAGUUUCUAUUGUUAUAAUUGGUAUUAGUAAUUGAACAAAGAUGUCUUUGACCGACGACCAGGUAUCUGCUGAACUUCGUAAGAUGAAGGCCUUCAUCGAGAAGGAAGCUCAAGAAAAGGCCAAAGAAAUUAGAUUGAAGGCUGAUGAAGAGUAUGAAAUUGAAAAGGCAUCCAUUGUCAGAUCUGAAACUGCUGCAAUUGACUCUACUUAUGAGCAAAAAUUAAAGAAGGCUUCCUUAGCUCAACAAAUUACUAAAUCUACCAUUGGAAACAAGACUAGAUUGAGAAUCUUGGGAACCAAGGAGGAAGUCUUGGGAGAGAUUUUUGAAGCUGCUGAAGGUGAAUUAAAGAAGAUUUCAUCCAAGAAGGCUGAAUACAAGCCAAUUUUGACCGGAUUAAUUGAAGAAGGUGUUUUGGCACUUUUGGAACCAACCGUUGUGAUCAAGGUCAGAAAGGCUGAUGUUGCCCUUGCCAAGGAAGCUGCUGCUGAUGCAGCCAAGGCCUUUGAAGAAAAGGCCAAGUUCUCCGUAGAAAUCAAGGUUGAUGAAGAAGACUUUUUAAACAAGGACCUUGCUGGAGGUGUAAUUGUUGUCAACGGAACUGGACGUAUUGAAGUCAACAACACUUUGGAAGAAAGAUUGAAGUUGUUAAACGAAGAGGCAUUGCCAGGUCUCAGAUUAGAGUUGUUUGGUAUUUCCCAAACCAGAAAGUUCUUUGAUUAGAAAAAUUGUUUAUCCAGUAAGUUUAUUUCUUAGCGCUAGUAGCUAAUACAUUCAGUAAUGCUGCAUUUGCAGUGUAUUUAAG